ACUGAACUGAAAUGUGAAAUUUCUUCUGCUAACAAGAAAAAUUUUUUAUGACUUUUUUAUGUCUUAUUUGUUGAAGUAUUAUUAAUUAUAUGAUUCACAUAUAGUAGGUGUUUGUCGCCUACACAUUUUAUGCAAAAUAUGCAUUUGCUUUGUUAUUUUUUUUAUCAGAAAGCGGUGAUUGCUCGCUAAAAUGGCAUCACUUAAACAAGACUCGAAGAGGAAAAAGUUGUCUGGACUUUCGGUUCAUACGUUUACGUCACAGUACGAGAAUUCCAAGCGUCCAUUACGAAGGCGGUGCUUUGCUGCAUUGUUUGUUGCUAUAAACUGUAAAUCAACCUUACAUAUAGCUAAAUUUAUUUAUCAUCUAUUGGAAUUUGGAGGGUAAAUUCAUUGUGUGAAGAUGCGUACUACCAAAAUAUACGUUGGUAACUUGCCUGAAAAUGCUCAUAAUGGAGAACUUCAGGAAUUGUUUGAAAAGUAUGGAGAGGUCAAAGAAUGUGACAUUGUGAAGAAUUAUGCAUUUGUGCAUAUGUCAUCUGAAGAAGAAGCAAAGACUGCAAUAGAAGCACUAAACAAUAUAGAUUUCAUGGGAUCUAAAAUAUCAGUAGAGAUAUCUCACAGUAAAGUUCGCCAGCGACCUGGUAUGGGAGGUAAAGGACAGUGUUACCGUUGCGGCCGUCAAGGUCAUUGGUCCAAAGAAUGUCCCCGCAAUCCAGCAACUAGAAUGAACAAUGGUCCUCCUAUAGGAUAUCCUACAGGUGGUUAUGGUGGUGAUAGAUUCUCUAGAUUUGGAAUGGAUAGACCUUAUGGUGCUGACAGAUCUUUUGGAGAACAGCGAGGUUUUGUUGACCGCAUGAGACCAUACCCUGAUCCAUAUGAACGAAGACCUCCCAUGCCUUCUCCUCAGCAAGAAAACUACAUGUAUUAUAGAAGGCCUUAUGAUUCUUAUGGUUAUUCUAGACGAUCACCUCCUAAUGUCCCACAAGUACCAAGUCGGUACGACUUUACACAAGACCCCACAUUUGCUUCGGGACGGCUAACACCAACCACACGUCGCGCUCCGGUCUAUUAAGAGAAGCAUGCCGGUCGCGUGGUCGCUCUGGCAGUGGAUCGCGAUUUGAUGAAGCACGAAGGACAUGGAUGCAAUGAAGACUUCAUUUUUAUUGUUUAAACUAAAUGGCUGUCAGACGUCUCUACAAUUUCAUAUGGUGAACUGUUUUUCGCUUCGUCUGGCAUUACGGUCUGACGUUCGCACUACGUGUUUAAUUUUGUUUCACUAUCAUUGUGUAAUUUGUUUAUCAUUUGAGAUAUUAAUAAAAAUGUCCGUAAAACUGA